AUGAUUAAAUUCAUAUAUUGCCUUUCAAUUACCCUUUCAGUAUCAUCUUUGGUCUCAGCCUAGUAUGUAAAAGCUACUUGCGAAAAUCCCGCUCUAUAAUAAAGCUUUGAUACAGCGAAAUACUCAGCAUAGUGGUUUGAGAUCUAUAGGGAUGCUGAUUACAUUUAUGAAAAAGAUCAGAAAUGUGUUACUGCUACUUAUGGCCAGAACAAAGAUGGAUCUCUCUCAGUAUACAACCGGGGACUAGAUGGACAUGAUAGUCAUGUUGUUGAUUUCCAUGGUUCAGCUACUUGCGCUGGAGGAGAGGCAAGAUGCAAGGUUAAAUUCAACGCCUUUAUUUCUGGAGAUUACAGAGUCAUUGCCACUGAUUACCAAAACUACUCUCUAGUUGUAUCAUGCUAGAACAACAUAUUCAGCAACUUUGAGAUAGUAUGGAUACUUUCUUAACAAAAGACGAUCAGCGAGGAUAAACUCUAGGAAGUUAAGACUAUUUUGGCCAAGGAGCUUCCUAAUUAUCCAUUUGAAAAUUUGCUUAGAACAAUUCAUGAUGAAACUUGCACUUAUCCAAUUCUUAUUCAAUGA